UUGGACAGCGUUUCGUCGCAAAAAGAAAACAUGGCGGAUAGAGGGCAAGAGAUUGAUUACGGCGUGGGAUAUGGCUCUGAGUUUGAUGAACAGGAGGCAGCGGAGAGGAACAAGACCUGGAGAGACGAUGAACUAUCUGGGAUCAAACGGAAGGCCAAUACGACCGGCGGUCUACCAUCUAAACGUGUAGUUUCUAGUGAAUAUAGCAGGCAAGAAGCUAAGGGCCAGAAAUAUGAUUUCAUUGCCUUGGAUGCUUACUCAAAACACAAGAAAAUGAUCAAUGAUUACAUCUUGUACUAUGGAAGAGGAAUAGAACAUUUCAAAAGGGACAGCUCCAGGGAUAAAACAGACAUGGAUGUUAUCAAGGAGGAGCAUAGGUUUAUUUGGCAUGAAGAGGAUGACCCAGAAAGUUCCUGGGAAAAACGUUUGGCUAAGAAGUAUUACGAUAAACUCUUUAAAGAAUACUGCAUUUCUGAUCUUAGUAGAUACAAGGAAAACAAGGUGGCUUUAAGGUGGAGAAUUGAAAAAGAAGUAAUUGAAGGAAAAGGGCAGUUCAUCUGUGGAGACAAGAGAUGUUCAGAGUAUGAAGGACUUCGCAGCUGGGAGGUUAAUUUUGCAUAUAUGGAACAUGGAGAAAAGAAAAAUACUCUCAUCAAACUCAGGCUCUGUCCAGAUUGUUCCUAUAAACUCAAUUAUCAUCACAAGAAGAAACUUGCUAAGCAAAAGAAAAAAGAGGGGGAAACUAAGUCACAGAAAUCACAUUCAGCCGAAAAGAAGAAGAAGAAUAAACAUCACAGACACAGAGAGCGAGACUCCUCUGAUUCCUCAGAAGACUCUGAAGAUGACAGCAGUACUACGGCUGGUGUAUCAUCAACCCUAAACCCUGAAAACCCCAAGUCUACAAGCACUGAUGAAGAUAUCUGGAAAGGUCCAGCAAAGAUUACUGUUGAUAAAACAAGGGAGGAAGAAUUUGAAGAGUACUUCCACGAUAUGUUUCUGUGACACAAGUUACUGUUUUAACAUCAGAAACACUCCUGCGAGCCUGCUCACCAUGACAAUUGGCCCAAUGUGACAUUUAGAGACCUGUGCAGCACUGAUUAUUUUUCAAUCAGACAUUCAAAUAAUGUUCAGUAAUUAUACUGUUAUUAUCAUAGAGAUCUCAAUGAUGAUCAAAGGCAUGCUAUAACUCCAUUGCUUGAUUUUAGAUUUCACCCUCUUUCACACUGGGUCACUCCUCCACUUGAAAUCCAUGCUUCUGAAUUUUCAGGAUCACUUACAUCACUAGAUUUACUGUGUUCAUAAAUGCUAUAACCAGAAUCAAAUGGAAUUGGAAUAGAGACAGGCAGUGCUUGCAUACAAGGAAAUAAACUUGGUUUGCCUUUAACCAAAGUGGAACAGUAUCUUUCCCAAUCUACAGGGCCAUGCCCUCCAACACCAAUAAGAGGCCAACUGUCUGCUGAGCUGUAGUUAAAACAAAGCAAACGGCGAUAAUGUUUUGACAUGUUAGCUGAAGAGCCAUGGACUGAGAAAGCAUGAUGAAAAGACACCCCACCCGCAUGAACUUCAACAGGAACUGCAGAACUAGAGUGAAAUGCAGGGUCUGUUAUUGCAGAUAUAAAUGCACCAUCUUAGAAGUGAGAGUUAUAGGGGGCCUUUGUGUGAUCCUGGGAUAACUUGAAGGCAUCCUGUUUAAAUGAAAAUCAGUAGUAAAAUUAAAAUUUUUCUUUUCGGUAA